GGCUGCGGCGGCGGCGGCGGCGGCGGAGCGGGUCCCUCCAUGGGAAGAUGCAGCGGGCGGGGCCGGAGGAGGCGGCGGGGGCGCAGGCGGCGGCGGGGGGGGGCAGCGCGGCCCCCGCCGGGCGGCUCCUGAGGCGGGAGCUGCGGCUGCUCGAGUCCAUCUUCCACCGCGGCCACGAGCGGUUCCGCAUCGGCAGCGCCUGCCCCGACGAGAUCAGCUGCGAGUUCGUGCCGGGCACCGCGGACCGCGCCGGGGGCUCCGCGUCCCGGGGGCCGCCGCCGGGGCCCGUCCGCAUCCACUGCAACAUCACGGAGUCUUAUCCAGCCGUUCCCCCGAUCUGGUCUGUGGAGUCAGACGAUCCGAACCUGGCAGCUAUCCUGGAGAGGCUGGUGGAAGUCAGGAGAGGAGACACGCUGCUUCUGCAGCACCUGAAGCGGAUCAUCUCGGACCUGUGCAAACUCUACAACCUCCCCCAACAUCCAGAUGUGGAGAUGCUGGACCAGCCUCUGCCGGCAGAACAGAGCACACAGGAAGAGGUGUCUUCUGAGGAGGAAGACGAAGAGAUGCCGGAGGACUCUGAGGACUUGGACCACUAUGAGAUGAAAGAGGAAGAGCCGGCAGAUGGGAAGAAGACGGAGGAUGAAGGCAUUGGGAAGGAAAACUUGGCCAUUCUAGAGAAAAUCAAAAAGAAUCAGAGGCAAGAUUACUUAAAUGGUGCAGUGUCUGGGUCUGUGCAGGCCACCGACCGGCUGAUGAAGGAGCUCAGGGAUAUUUACCGAUCACCAAGUUUCAAGGGCGGAUACUAUGCAGUUGAACUAGUGAACGACAGCCUGUAUGAUUGGAACGUCAAACUCCUGAAGGUUGAUGAGGACAGCGCUUUGCACAACGAUCUCCAGAUCCUCAAAGAGAAAGAAGGAGCAGAUUUCAUCCUCCUCAACUUCUCCUUUAAAGAUAACUUUCCUUUCGAUCCACCCUUCGUAAGGGUCGUGUCCCCAGUGCUGUCAGGGGGGUAUGUCCUGGGUGGCGGUGCCAUCUGCAUGGAGCUACUUACGAAGCAGGGCUGGAGCAGCGCCUACUCCAUCGAGUCGGUGAUCAUGCAGAUCAGCGCCACGCUGGUGAAAGGGAAGGCACGAGUGCAGUUUGGAGCCAAUAAGAAUCAGUACAGCCUGACCAGAGCCCAGCAGUCCUACAAGUCCCUGGUUCAGAUCCACGAGAAGAAUGGCUGGUACACACCGCCCAAGGAGGACGGCUAGCAUGGAUGCUGCAGGACCAACCUCAUCUUCUGGAUGCUCUACUUGGAUCUCAACGCCGCCCCUUGGCUUUCUCCCGGGAUGUAAUAGCUCUGCCUGUUGCAGGACAAUAAUGGCUGUUUAAAAACUCUAAAUAAAACUGUUUUAAGCAGUUGGGACUGAGCGACACCACUUGCUGGACCCUCGCUAGCAGCAAUUCUUGUUAAGACAAACUUCUUGAGCCUCUUGUAUCGCUGGAACCUUUCGACUCUGCUCCAGUCUCGAGCAUCCUCCUUACCUAUGCUAUUGGAUUUAAUUUAUUUUCUUAUUUCAUGUACACUGCUUUUUUUUGUUACAGUGUAUGAUGGAUGUGUAUGGAAAAAAUGUAUCUUUGGAGAAAAGUUACAGUUUGUUAAUUUGAAGA